UAUACAAAAACAAAAAAUUAAAAAUGGAGACUCUACGACGUCGUUUUAGUACCAAACCACUCCACAAGCCGGAACUUUCCCGACUCACAAUCCCAAACCGAAUAUUUGCGGUGGUUUACGCCACAGCUGCGGUGACAUUACUAUAUCACCACACUGUAACACUAUCAUCACUCUUCACAACUAAAAAUACCAAAAUCUCCUCAGCCUUAUUCCUAUCCGACGUCGUUUUAUUCCUAAUAUGGCUCACAACGCAGUCGUUUCGAAUGAAACCAAUCCACCGUAAUGAGUUUCCCCAAAAUAUCAGUAAAGAAUCGGAGAAAGAGUUACCGGCGAUCGAUGUGUUCGUUUGUACGGCGGAUCCGUACAAGGAACCGCCGAUGAACGUGGUGAACACUGUGCUUUCGGUUAUGGGUUUUGAUUAUCCGGCGGGGAAAGUCUCCGUUUAUGUUUCCGAUGACGGUGGGUCAGAUUUGAGUCUGUUUGGGUUGAUUGAAGCUGCUAAGUUCGGUGCUCAUUGGUUGCCGUUUUGUAGAGAAAACGACGUCGUUGAGAGGUGUCCCGAGGCUUACUUUGCUUCUUCCAAUGCUAAUCUUUCUUCUUCUUCAACUUCUGAUAUUGAGAAGAUUAAGACCAUGUAUGAAAGCAUGAAAGUGAGAGUUGAAAAUGCUGUUGAAAUGGGAAAAGUUUGCGAUGAGAACAUCACUGGAGAAGAUGAACGAAAAGCUUUCAAAAAAUGGACGGACGGAUUUACUCGCCAAGAUCAUCCUACGGUCAUCCAGGUUAUAUUGCAUGGAAGUAAAGAUAAAGAUAUUAGAGGUGAUGUAAUGCCAAAUUUGAUUUAUGUUGCAAGAGAGAAAAGAAGAACAUCACUUCAUCAUUUCAAAGCUGGUGCCCUUAAUGCCCUAAUUAGAGUAUCAGCCAUCUUGACAAACUCUCCAAUAAUCCUGACCCUUGAUUGUGACACGUACUCAAAUGAUCCCCAAACCCCAAUGAGAGUUCUAUGUUACAUAUUAGACCAAAAAAUUGAAUCCCAAAAAGUUGGCUAUAUUCAAUUUCCACAACGAUUUCGUGGUAUAAAUAAGAAUGACAUUUAUGGUUGUGAACACAAGAGAUUAUACAGUAUUAAUCCACUUGGAAUGGAUGGGCUUUUGGGCCCAAAUUAUGUGGGAACUGGAUGCUUCUUUAGAAGAAGAGCAUUCUUUGGGGGCCCAUUAAAGUUUGUGUCACCAGAAAUCAUUGAACUGAGUCCAGAUAAUGUUGUUGACAACAAGGCUAUUCACUCCAAACAAGUAAUGGAUUUGGCCCACUAUGUUGCUACUUCUAAUUAUGAGGACAAAACCCAAUGGGGUUAUAAGGUGGGUAUUAGAUAUGGAACAACAUCAGAAGACAUUUUGACAAGUUAUCUUUUACAAUGUGAGGGAUGGAAAGGAAUUUUCUGCAAUCCAAACAAGGCAGCAUUUUAUGGUGAUGCACCAAUCAACCUUUUUGAUGUGUUGAACCAACAAAAAAGAUGGGCCACUGGUCUACUUCAGAUUCUCUUCUCUAAAUAUUCUCCAUUCACAUUUGGUAUCAAAUAUAUUGGUAUUCUCAUGGGCUUUACUUAUGGACAUAAUACAUUAUGGCCCAUUUGGUCAAUUCCAAUUACUAUAUAUGCAUUUCUACCUCAACUUGCUCUACUCAAUGGGGUCUCUCUCUUUCCAAAGGUUUUUGAGCCAUGUUUUAUUUUGUAUAUGUUCCUAUUCAUUGGAGCAUAUGGUCAAGACCUAUUGGACUUCAUCAUAUAUGGAGGAACAUUUCAAAAAUGGUGGAACGAUCAAAGAAUGUGGUUAAUAAGGGGGCUCUCUAGUUUUCUAUUCGGUUUAGUUGAACAUAUGUUAAAAUCAUUAGGUUUUUCUUCGAUGAACUUUAGCGUAACGAGCAAAAUAAUCGACACUGAACAGAGUAAGAGAUACGAAAAAUGUGUCUUUGAGUUUGGACACCAUUCACCUAUGUUCGUGACAUUAAUAAUGGCUGCAAUAAUUAAUUUUGUCGCUCUAGUUUGGGGAAUCAAGCUUGCUCUUUUAGGGGGCAAAAUUGUGUUUGAAGAGAUUUUCAUGCAAGUGAUUAUUGCAGCCUUUGGUGUGGUGAAUUGCAAGCCUAUUUAUAGUGCCAUGUUUUUUAGGGCUAGUAAUAAAGGAGGAAUUCCUACCAAAACUACUUUGAUUUCAACCUUUUUAGCCUCUUGUCUCUUUAUAAUAAGUUUAGUCGCUUUGAAGGACUAAAAAAGUGACCCCAUUUAAGCUAAUUGAUUUUGAGCUUAAUAACUCAAAAAUCUUGAGAAGAAUUGAGAAUGAAUGGUGAAAAGGUAGACAUCAUUUUGUGUUUUAAAUUCUUGUUUUUUUUUUUCCUUUUUUUUGAUUGGGAAAUUCUUGUUGAAUUACAAUAAAUAUAAGAGAAUGUGCUCAUUUAGUA